AUGAAGCCCGCAGCGCCACCGCUCCAUGCCCCACACCCUCCUCUGACAGCCCGCAGCGACCCGAACAGCACCGCCGUCUCGCGCAGCGGUACUGCCGCCGUGGCGGCAAUGCCCGAGACACAGGUGCGCCGUCGGCUUGCCGAGGUAGAGAUGCGGCUGCGUGACAUGGAAGAGGAGGCGAGGCGCACCCGCGUGCUGCAGGAGCAAGAGAUCGGAAACCUCGAGCGUGACAACGUGAAGCUGCGCGAGCGGCUCGAGGAAAUUCGCAUGGAGGAGUGCAUGUCGCUGGCUGAAGCGCACGCGUUUCGGGACCACACCAGCCACCAUCUCACCGGCGGUGCAGCGGCUUCUCAUGCAGAGUCGAAGCUUCUUGGGUCGACCACUCUAAAGUACCAGAAUGCCAAGGCCGAAGUUCAAAGGCGGCGCCGCGAGUGCGCCCAGGCGGAGCGCCAGCUCGCGGAGGCGCGGACCCGUCUUACCGAUGUGCGGAAGGCUCGCAAGGAACUGAAGGGGCGGAGCCUCGCGGCCGAGAUAUCGGCUUCGGUGCGCGUCGCGGCGGCUGACAACUAUAGGGCGCUGAUCCACGAGCGGCUCCGCGGCUUAGAAGAGCAGGUGGCGCGUGAGCAGGAGCGCUUCAACGGUAUCGCGACGGAGGCGAAGCAAGCGCGCAUCGAGAUUGACGCGCUGCUGGUGAGUCAGACGAGCAAUGAAAAGGUGUGCCGCCACUUGUACGAUGCGCUGCUGGUGAAGCGUCGCGAGAUGGCGUACCUGAUGGAGGUGUGCAACCUCCUGUGCGAGGAGCGCCAGCAAGUCGUUGCCGAGCUCACGGAGGUUCAGGCACGCAUGGCAGAGCAGAGUCACCAGUACGAGGCUGCCUUCGACGAGCUGACGGGCGUACAAGACGAGAACGCCAAGACGCAGGCUGCAAAUCGAGAGCAGCUGGACGAGCUGCGUCGACUCAUCGCGCAGACACGGACAGAGCGGGAGGCGCUGGAGGAGGAGAACCGUUGCGCCAAAACCGCCAUAGAGCAGCAACGUCGUCGCACCGUUGGUGGCCGUCUCAAAGAUGAGGCGAACGUCACGACUACCAGCGAGGCAAGCCGAGGCAGCAGUGCCCUUGAUGGUGAGUGCGGCAUCGUGGCCGCCGGCGAGGCCGAAGGUGUUGGCGGGGAUGGCGGUGCAGAGCUGCGGACCCCAGAGAGCGCGUCGUCGCUCGACGCCACCCAGGCGCAGAUCCGCAUGUUCGAUGACUACUACCGGAAGCUCUCCGCCAUUGUGCAGAGCGACGCCAUCGAGGACGUGGCCGGGUUCAUGGAUGCAGCCGCCGACGAGCGGUACAAAGUCUUUGACGAGAUGAACGCCAUCGAGCGCAACAUGGCGGCGCUCGAGACGGAGAAGGCGGCGCUGACGGCGCAGCUCAGUAGGGCUGGCAGUGUUCGCCCAGCCACCGUCUCGGAGUCGGAGCAGCAGCCGUCCCCACCCACCGCGCUCGCAACGCUCGCUGCUGCUGACACGCUCGAGGCCCUUGCCGCGGUCACAACCACCAUGGCAGCCGGGACGAGCGGCGGCACAAGCGCACUUGGCGCGUCGACCGACGGCACGCAGGAACGCUGUAACCGCAUGGCAGACCUCCUCGACGAUCUUGGUGCUACGCGCGACCUCGUGUUUGAGCAGGAGGAGGCGCAGGAGACGAGCGCGGCGGUGCUGACACAGGUGGUGGCGCAGGUGAAUCAACUGUUUCGCGGACUCGGCUGCAGCGUAGACGAGCUCCGCGCCCUCACCGGGAUGGAAGGGGUACAGCAGACCACCCUGCUCCAGUGCCUCGCCAUGAUUGAGCAGCGCGCCAGUGAAUACCUGAUAGCGUACUCGCGUCGGCAGCAGAGGCAACCUUCGCAAGCGGCGGGGGCGGCGCUCCCCUCGCGCAACGCAGCGCGCACAAUCCUUCGCCGACCCGAUUUGCAGCCGAAGACACACAAAAAUGCGGUGGAGGCCACCGUGAAGCAACACGCGCUGCCUCGCUCAACGGACGUGAGGACAGGGAUACCCACCGUCGCCGCGCUUGCUGUCGGCGGCAGUUUCACCUUAGAUGACCUUGUGGAGGAACGUCCUUUGUCGACGGCGGAGCUGAGGAAGGUGGUAGAGGCGAAGCGCAUCCUGGCACAGCCUUGA